AUGACGCAGGGUUUGUUGGCGCUCGACGAGGCGGCCAAGAUCGUCCCCCCGCCGCCUCCAGGUGCGCCCUAUUCGAUCGCGGUGCCGGGCACGCAAAAGCAAGGUCGCAGCGCGGUAUAUCGGCAUUGGCGAAGAACGGAGGGGGUUCUUCAUUCCCUCGAUCCGGCCGUCACCACCGCCCACGAGUUCUUCGAGCAGUCGGUUGGUCGAGUACCGAAUGGCAAGUGUCUAGGCCAUCGACCUUACGAUCCCGCGACCAAGACUUUUGGUAAAUACGUUUGGCAGACAUACAGCCAAGUGCAGAAGAGGCGGGCGAACUUUGGCGUGGGAUUGGUGGCUCUGCAUGAAUCUGUGGGUGUCAUUGGAAGGCAGUAUGGUGUGGGAUUGUGGUGCCAGAAUCGCCCGGAGUGGCAGAUUACGGAUCUGGCGUGCAUGUCGCAGUCGCUUUAUAGCGUCUCGCUGUACGAUACCCUUGGUCCUGAUGCCGUGGAAUAUAUCAUCAACCAUGCGGGUUUGACGGCUGUCUGCUGCUCGCUGCCACAUAUCCCGGCUCUGCUGAAGCUCGCGCCGAGAUGUCCUUCGCUGAAGCUGAUCAUUUCGCUGGAUCCGAUUUCCGUCGAGGGCGAGUUGGCUGGGUUUUCGAAGAAGGAUCUCCUCAAUUCGAUGGCCGCGCAGCAUAAUGUUCAAAUCCACGAGUUGAGCGCUGUUGAGAAGAUUGGAGAGACUUCGCCACGGCCGUACACCCCUCCGCGACCUGAUGAUACGGUUACCAUCAACUACACUUCUGGAACGACCGGUAACCCCAAGGGUGUCAUCUUGACUCACAGGAACGCUGUUGCGGCUGCGUCGUCUUCCCUGACCAUUUGCAAGCAGUCUCGGAACGACACGAUCUGCUCGUACUUGCCACUCGCACACAUUUUCCAGCGUGUGACUGAGCACGGUGCUCUCUGGGCUGGCUCAGCAAUCGGCUACUUCCACGGCAAUAUCUUGGAAUUGGUCGAUGAUCUGAAGCUUUUGAGGCCGACUGCUUUCACCAGUGUUCCCCGCCUGUUCAACCGCUUCGGUGGUGCGAUCAAGACGCAAACGAUCGAAGCUCCUGGAUUCAGGGGUAGCUUGUCUCGUUACAUUGUCGACACCAAGACUGCAAACCUAACCAAGGCUCCAGCCGAUAAGGCGACGAACCGCCACCUGUUGUACGAUCGUAUUUGGGCCAAAAAGGUUUCUGCUGCGCUUGGUCUUGAUCGCGCGCAGACCAUGAUUUCUGGAUCGGCUCCUCUGGAUCCUGGGCUUCAUCAGUUCCUGCGAAUCGUCUUUGCCAACAACUUCUACCAAGGAUAUGGUUUGACCGAGACGUAUGCGAUUGCGUUGGCGCAGCUGGAGGGCGAUUACUCCGCUGGCAACUGUGGUGCUGUUGCGCCCACGACCGAGCUGUGUCUGAUGGAUGUCCCUGAUAUGGAGUACCUCUCCACCGACAAGCCGCAUCCUCGUGGUGAGCUCCUCGUUCGCGGGCCAACUGUUUUCAAGGAAUACUACAAGAACGAAGCCGAGACGAAGAAGGCCUUCACCGAAGACGGCUGGUUCCGCACAGGCGACAUCUGCACCGUGGACGAAAUGGGCCGCUUCAGAAUCGUCGACCGCGUCAAGAACGUCCUCAAGCUCGCGCAGGGCGAGUACAUCUCCCCCGAACGCAUCGAGAACGUCUACCUCGGCAACCUCCCCUUCCUCGCGCAGGGAUACGUCCACGGCGAUAGCACGCAGGCGAACCUCGUGGCGAUCUUCGGCGUCCAGCCGGACAUUUUCGCGGGUUACCUCGAGAAAGUCCUGGGCAGGAGGGUCAACCCCGAGGAUGUCAAGGCCAUCGAUGCCGCGGCGCAGGAGCCUAAAGUGCGCAAGGCGGUGCUGAGGGAGUUGGCCAAGGUUGGGAAGAAGGCCAAGUUUAACAGUUAUGAGAAUGUGCGGGCGGUGCGGUUGAUGCUGGAGCCGUUUACGAUUGAGAAUGAGUUGUUGACGCCGACGUUGAAACUCAAGCGUCCUCAAACCGCCAAACUCUACCGACCGGUCAUCGACGAGAUGUACGCCGAGGUCGAGGCCGAGAGCAAGCCCAAGUCGAAGCUCUGA